AUGCCUCUCCCAAUCUUCUGGGUGGUCCUUCUCGCCUUCUGCCCACUGUUAUGCGUGAAUGGCGCAUUACGUGAUGGUCGUUCUCAUGGAAAUAUCAUUCCCAGGCCGAGUAUCCCGGUUGUUACUAUCCAGGAUCCCGAUGAACCGGUUCUAAGUCGUAACGGUACCGUGCUACCGCCCUACAAUACGACCUACAUUUUCAACCAGCUCAUUGACCACAACAACCCAUCCCUGGGAAUGUUUCAACAACGUUAUUGGCAUACGUACGAAUUUUAUGAACCCGGCGGUCCAAUCAUUUUGAUGACCCCGGGAGAAGCCAAUGCAGCACCAUACACUGGUUAUCUCACUAAUAGGACCAUAAAUGGACUGAUAGCGCAACAAGAGAAUGGCGCAGUGAUCGUUCUGGAGCACCGCUUUUACGGCCUCAGCAAUCCCUAUCCAGACCUUACUGUCAAUAGCUUACGACUGCAUACGCUGCAGCAAGCUAUCGACGAUCUUGUCUAUUUUGCUAAGAAUGUCGAGUUACCCAUGCCCAAUGGCGGAGAAGUUGGCCCAGACAAGGCACCCUGGAUUCUCACGGGCGGGAGCUAUUCCGGUGCAUUGACGAGUUGGACAAUUGUCAACCAACCAGGUGUUUUCUGGGCUGGAUACUCUUCAUCCGGGGUAGUAGAAGCCAUCCUUGACUACUGGCGAUACUUCGAACCGAUUCGCCAAAACAUGGCAGCCAACUGUUCGGCCGAUGUUGGUGCUGUAAUCGCCCACAUCGACCAGUCUGCGAUUCAAACAAUCAAGAGCUCCUUUGGGAUGGGUGAUAUGACCCAUCUUGACGAUGUUGCCGGCGCUCUUCGUAACAAUUUGUGGGACUGGCAGUCUUUACAGCCGACAUCUGGUCCGGGUGCUCAAUUCUUCGAAUUUUGUGAUGCCCUGGAAGUCAAAAAUGGAGUUUCCGCGUCCGCCAAGGGUUGGGGCUUGGACCAUGCUUUGACAGCUUGGAGUUCGUACUUCAAGAAUACGUACAUAUCGGAACUUUGCGGGAAUGUAGAUGCAGAAACCUGUCUUGGCACUUACGACCCUACUCAAGAUUACUACACGGACACCAGCAUCGACAAUUCAGGUCGAUCGUGGAAUUGGAUUGUGUGCAAUCAAGUCGGCUACCUCCAGGAUGGACCGCCACAAGGGCUCCCGGCCAUUGUUACGCGUCUAGUGCAACCGUCUUAUGAUUUCCGGCAAUGCUCGUACAUGUUCCCUGCAGCUUUCCCCACACCGCCCACAACCAUCAACGUAGCAAAGACCAACGAGGCAUACGAAGGCUGGGAUGUGAGGACUAAUAGACUCUUUUUCGCCAACGGUAUACGCGAUCCUUGGAGAGAGGCGACAGUAUCUGCUCAGACAGUAAAUGUUCCCAGCACUGCCUCGCAGCCCAUUGGGCUGGGUGACGGAUUCCAUUGUUCUGAUCUUUUGACUGCAAACGGUGCGAUCGACCCCACUAUUGCCGCUGUCCAGAGUCAGGCUUUGGAGACCAUGCAUACUUGGUUGCGGGAAUGGACGCCAGGCCGGCGCCGCAACAGCGAUCACGGGAGCUCUUCGAAGUUUUCUUCGAGAUCUUUGACUGGCCCGAAGGAGAAACCUGUGAAUGCUUGGUUCAGAGGUUCGGGUACGAUCUGA